GUAGUUGUUACCCUGCUUCUCGAACAGCCGACUCCGUCAAGAUGCCGCCGAAACAGGAUAAGUUCGCUGUGAAAAAUGCGACGGCCAAUCCGCAACAGAUUACAGCCGAGCAAAUUCUAAGGGAGGCAGUCGAACGGAUGGGCGAUGAGCGUCCCGGGCCCUCUCGGAAGAUCGCGAGCAAGGAAGAGCUUGCUGACUAUAAGGUCAGCAAGCGGAAAGAGUUCGAGGACACCUUACGUAAACAACGACACCAUAUGGGCACUUGGAUUAAAUAUGCUCAGUGGGAAGAGUCUCAGGAAGAGUUCAGGAGGGCGCGAUCAGUGUUCGAGAGAGCACUACAAAUCGACUAUCGCAACUCAUCUCUUUGGUUGAAGUAUAUCGAGAUGGAAAUGAAACAUAAGUUCGUAGCUCAUGCGAGGAACUUGUUCGACCGAGUCACGAGCCUCCUUCCUCGCCAUGAUCAGUUCUGGUAUAAGUACGCUUAUAUGGAGGAGCUUCUCAUGGACUAUGCUGCGGCAAGAAAGGUCUACGAAAGGUGGAUGCAGUGGCAGCCCAGCGAUAACGCCUGGCUCCAAUACAUCAAGUUCGAGCUCCGAUGCCAUGAAGUUGAACGGGCCAGAGCCAUCUAUGAAAGAUAUGUAUCACAAAUCCAAACAGUCAUGUCGUUCACACGCCUGGCGAAGUUUGAAGAGAGGCAUGGGAAUAACGUUCGGGCGAGGGCCGGUUAUCAGACGUGUCAUGACGCUUUGAAAGAUGAUUUGGGACCGGAGGGUAUAACCGAGGAUCUAUACGUGAAAUGGGCAGAAUUCGAGCAACGUGCUGCGAGAGAUGAUCCUUCGGCAGCAGCGAAGGUCUACAAGCUUGGGAUAGAUACCCUGCCCCCGGAAAGGACUGCUUACUUGCGUGACAGAUACGCCAAGUAUAUGAAGCAGAAAGGCACGCGGACAGAUAUUGAGAGACUCCUUCUCGAGAAGUGCAGGUUGAAAUAUGAGAAACAGCUGUCUGACGCUGAUGGCGUUGACGUCGAUAUUUGGAUCAACUAUAUACUCCUCGAAGAAAACAUCGGAGACUCCGCGGCACAAUGCCGGGAAGUGUACGAACGAGCCAUCGCCGCAGCCCUGCCGCCCCAACAAGCAGCUUCUAAGGGACGGAAAGAUCUCUAUAGGCGAUAUGUGUAUAUAUGGCUCUUUUAUGCCAACUAUGAGGAGUCUCUCAUUCAAUCUGGGGAAUCGACACCCGAUAGGGUUCGAGAAGUAUAUCAUACAGCUCUUGAACUCUUCCGAUCACGGAAGAUAUACUUCAGCAAACUGUACAAUGCUUACGCGGAGUUUGAGAUUCGUCAGAUGGAUGUUGGCCGCGCUAGGCUUGUGUACGGUCGCGCAAUCGGCGAAUCCAAGAAAGCUUCAGUGUUCCGCUCUUACAUACAAUUUGAAUUCAACCUUGGUCAGGUGGAUCGAGCACGCAGGAUCUGCGCUAGUUACGUAUCCGCUCACUCGCUCGAAGCAGCCUCUUGGGUUUGCUGGAUGGAUAUGGAGAUGAAGCUCUCCGAGGUCAACAGAGCUCGGAAGCUUGGGGAGAUGGCCAUUAGGCUCGCGGACGAAUCGGCAUCUGACGAGAGUGAGGAGGUCAUGAACGAGCCGGAGCUCAUUUGGAAGAAAUGUAUCGAUUUAGAGAUAGAACAAGGAGAAAUGGAGAAUGCCCGCGACCUAUUCGAGCGAUUACUUGAUCGGACUACCCACGUCAAGGUUUGGCGGUCGUAUGCGGAUUUCGAAUUGAAACAUGGGGACCAGUCGUUCCUGAAGGCGAAAGAGGUUCUCGAACGCGGUAUCGCGGAGGCCAAGAGAGACGAGGAUCCUGAGUCCCGCAGGUUGCUACUUGAGUAUAUGUUGAAGUUAGCGAAGGAAGUUAAAAAUGACGAUAUUGCUAACAUUGAGAGUCGGCAACCCAAGGCUGUCAAGCACAAGGGACGUGUUGACCCAAGCCACGGUGGUGGAGAGUCUGGUGCAGAUGAUACAGUAAUGAUAACUGUAUGGGAGUUUCCGGAUGACGAGGUGGCUGGGGAUGUUGCCAAGAAACCGAAGAUUAAACUAUUGGAAGCUGCCAAGCUGUUCAAGAAAAUGCGUUUGUCAGAACAAUCGGGUGGAAGUAGUCAUCUAUAAG